UCUUUGCAGCACAUCAGUAACUCUGACGACACAGAUUUAAGCAAGAAGUACAAGAUCCUGGGACUGCUGUGGGCAGCAGAAGAGGUGUCUCUACAAACCGCCUCCUCGGCCUGCAGUGAAAGGCAGAAGCUGUACUCCUCUCAUGAGGUGCGCUUUGGACAGGGCUGGCUCAACUCGGAAGCAUAUGUAGCAGCUGCUCAUUUCCACGCCAGCAUCGAGAGGUCCGAGAAGUUCAUGGCUCCUCUGCCAAGCCGAGUGCUGCAGGAGUCUGAUAGACCACCCAACAUUGCCAAUCUUAGCGCUGAGGAGAACCACGCACUCCACAUCUUCGGCUGGAUGAACAGUGUCAAUCAACUGCUUGGUGGCUCCCUUGUGAAUCUCUGGCAGAGUGCUAUGUGUUCACCUCAGGCUCAGGAGAAAGGUCAAGGCCUUCUUCACGACCUCAUUCUUGACCCCAAGUUCCCUGGUACCAGUCUGAUGGUAAUCCUGACCGAGAUG